AUGACAGACCAAUCCACCCAACCAACAACAACCACUCCCAAAAUCCGAACAGGAUCCUGCCGAUGUGGUAAACUCACCUUCUCUGCUCAUGGUCCUCGUUUCUUUAGCAAUUAUUGUCAUUGCCAUAACUGCAGAAAAGGAACCUCCGCUCCCUUCACUCUCAUUAUUGGCAUUCCAGACCAUCAAUUUAAAUGGACCAGUGACAUUUCUCUUCGCAAAACCACCGUCUUUACUGAAAAUUUCGAAGGUUAUUAUUGUGCCGAAUGUGGUGGUUAUGUAGCCCAGAAACCACUCAAAGCUCCUUUCAUUUCAACAUUGGCAUGUUGUUACGACGAAAUGAAACAAGCAUUUUGCCCAUUGAAAGACGUUAUUGAAAAGGAAGGAAACACUGACGAAUACUUUUUUAAACCUGAACGUCAUAUUAAUUAUGAAAAUCGUGUGUGUGAAGUGAAUGAUGACUUGCCAAAGUUUAUGGAUUUUCCACAACCACGUGGAAGUGGUAAAUUGUAUGUAAAGGAAUAA